GUGACUGCAGAGCAAAGGGGAGAAAUGGAUGAAGAAAAUGUGCCCAGCAGCGACGAUCAGCCUCUGAGUUUGCAGAAAGCCCUGCAGCAGUGCGAGUUGGUACAAAACAUGAUAGAUAUCAGCAUCUCUAACCUGGAGGGGCUCAGGACCAAGUGUGCCACCUCCAACGACUUGACACAGAAAGAAAUCAGGACAUUGGAGAGCAAACUGGUGAAAUACUUCAGCCGUCAGCUGUCCUGCAAGAGGAAAGUGGCUCUGCAAGAGCGUAAUGCAGAGCUCGAAGGGUUUCCCCAAAUUGUGCAUUGGUUCAGGAUCGUCAGCAUCCGUAAAGAAGUAAUGGAGGAAAUCAACACUGGACAGCUGACGUUGGAAGAACUGUUAGAUAUGAGUGAUGAGCAAGUUUGUGAAACGCUGGGGAAGUUUGGCGCCAACAGCGAAGAAUGUGACCGUCUAAAUGCCUCCCUCUCGUGUCUACGCACAGUGCACAAGUCAGGAAGCAGUCUAUCUAAACAAGAUUGGGCCAUUCAAUGGCCAGCCUCCGAAGCAGGGAAGGAAAAUAUUGCCUACACCCAGCAAGAGACUGCUCAAUGGAUCCGAACGCACCUUUCACAGAGUCCAAAACUACAGGCCAAAUGCCUCCAGCACUAUUCCCAUUUGCCUGUAGCCCAUGGAUCCCUCUACACUAAUGUAGAUAGGUUGACUGUUGAAGCAUAUCCAGGCUCAUGCCAACCUUCAGAGACUGGACACCGCUCAUUACCACCAUCCCCCCGCCAACGGCAUUCAGCGCACAACAAUCCACCACGGACACCUAACAUAGUCACCACUAUGACCCCUCCGGGCACCCCCCCCGUCAGACGGAGGAACAAACUGAAACCACCAGGAACACCACCGCCUUCAUCCAGAAAACUCAUUCACCUAAUCCCUGGAUUCACUUUCCUGCAUCGGAGCAAAUCUCAUGAGUUCCAAGUUGGUCACCGCGUGGAUGAGUCUCACACACCCAAAACAAAGAAAAAGAACAAGCCUUUGAACCUCAAGAUACACAACAGUGUGGGUAGCUGUGAGAAUAUUCCAUCGCAGCGCUCUCCUCUUCUGUCCGAACGCUCCCUACGUUCUUUCUUUGUGGGCUACCCAUCUUUCCUCCCUUCUACUCCCCCUGUUCAUACUGAACCUGCUUCUGCAAACACACUGUCAGUGCCUCGCUGGUCCCCGCAGAUUCCACGCAGAGAUCUGGGAAACUCUAUCAAACACAGGUUCUCCACCAAGUACUGGAUGUCUCAGACCUGUACUGUAUGUGGGAAAGGGAUGCUGUUUGGACUCAAGUGUAAAAACUGCAAACUAAAGUGCCACAACAAAUGCACCAAAGAGGCGCCUCCAUGUCAUUUACUAAUUAUACACCGGGGAGCCCGUCUAGUUAGGACCGAAUCUGUACCAUGUGACAUCAAUAAUCCUUUAAGAAAACCUCCUCGAUACUCAGACCUCCAUGUCAGCCAAACACUUCCUAAAACCAAUAAAAUUAACAAGGACCACAUUCCAGUGCCCUACCAGCCAGAUUCCAGCAGCAACCCCUCCUCUACGACAUCCUCCACACCGUCCUCACCUGCUCCUCCGCUUCCCCCCAGUGCCACCCCACCCUCUCCUCUCCACCCUUCCCCACAAUGCACCCGCCAACAGAAGCCGUACAACUUACCAGGGUCCAACAGCACUUCUCAUCCAUGUACCUCAUCUUUGCUGCAAGGUUCUCAUUACUACAAGUACAAACAGCAAUUCAUAUUUCCAGAUGUUGUGCCUGAAGUCCCUCGAGCUCCCCAAGUAAUCCUUCAUCCAGUCAACUCUAAUCCAGUUAAUGAAGGAAAUCCAGUACUUCAAAUUGAAGUGGAACCAACAUCUGAGAAUGAAGAAAGUAAUGAGAAAGCAGAGGAGUCUGAGGAUGACUUUGAGGAGAUGAACCAUUUGCUGCUGUCAGCCAGGAACUUCCCCCGCAAAGCCAGUCAAACCAGCAUCUUCUUGCAAGAGUGGGACAUCCCAUUUGAACAGCUGGAAAUUGGGGAGAUGAUUGGCAAAGGACGAUUUGGUUUAGUGUACCAUGGACGUUGGCAUGGAGAAGUGGCAAUUAGACUCAUUGACAUUGAGCGGGAUAAUGAGGACCAAUUAAAAGCAUUUAAAAGGGAGGUGAUGGCUUACCGACAGACGCGGCAUGAGAAUGUGGUACUCUUCAUGGGGGCCUGCAUGAGCCCUCCACACCUAGCAAUUAUCACCAGCUUGUGCAAGGGAAGAACACUAUACUCAGUGGUCCGGGAUGCAAAAAUUGUCUUAGAUGUCAACAAGACCAGACAGAUAGCACAGGAAAUUGUGAAGGGAAUGGGUUAUCUUCAUGCCAAGGGCAUUUUGCAUAAGGAUCUCAAAUCAAAAAAUGUUUUCUAUGACAAUGGAAAAGUAGUGAUCACAGACUUUGGUCUAUUCAGUAUAUCUGGUGUGCUGCAGGCUGGGAGGCGGCAAGACAAGCUCCGGAUCCCUAAUGGAUGGCUCUGCCAUUUGGCUCCUGAAAUAAUACGACAAUUGUCUCCUGACACAGAGGAGGAUAAACUUCCAUUCUCAAAGCUCUCAGAUGUAUUUGCACUUGGAACUAUUUGGUAUGAGCUGCAUGCCCGAGAGUGGCCAUUCAAAAACCAGCCAGCAGAGGCGAUCAUAUGGCAAGUUGGAACAGGCAUGAAGCCAAAUCUAAGCCAAAUUGGGAUGGGAAAGGAGAUAUCGGACAUUCUACUAUUCUGCUGGGCCUUUGAGCAAGAAGAAAGGCCAAGUUUCACCAAACUGAUGGAGAUGCUGGAAAAACUGCCAAAGCGGAACAGACGUCUCUCUCAUCCAGGUCACUUUUGGAAAUCAGCUGAGCUGUGACAGAUAUCUUGUGCAUUGGCGUCUCCGUGUCCCCUCUUCUACAUCUGCCGCCUUCCUGUCCCGAACACUAUUGUUCUCCUCCAACUGUGGAAGAUCUAAAGGUGGAAGGCAUUAUAGGAAAGGCAGCAAAAAUGUCAAGUUGGCAGAGCCUUGCAAUGCAACCUGAGAACAAGCCCUGUGCUGCCCCUUCUGUGUUAGUCCACCAGUGAAUGGGAGUGUUGAAAAGGGAAGUUAAAACCUCCUCAACAAAUUGGCAUGCUAGGAGAUUAGAAGAUGUGUUUCUGACCGGAGCUAUUACAGGUUCUUGAUGGUCACUAUAUGCGCUGUAUUGAUCUCUGAGGGCCAGUUGCACACAUACCUCCAAACUGACCCUAAUUAUGUACCUCCUAUAUGCUAGAAAAAGCCGCAGAAUCCUGUGAUUUCACGGUCCUGUGGCCAUCUCUAGCAGUUAAUGCAUAAGGGGGAAAUCUUGACUAUCUACAAUCAUUUAUCUUGCGUUUGUGUUCCUCAGAUUGUGGAGGACAAACGUUAGAGAUUCUGAAACAUCAAUUUUAUUUUUUUAAGAUGUUUUUGAUGAACGAAACUGAUAGGGGAAAUAUGAAGACUCUACAGUUUUAUGCAUCUGAUUGAUUGGCGGGAGAUUGUACAUUAGUUACUGGAAUGGUUGAAAGAUGUCUUGAAUUACUGGUCUUUUAUCUGUGUCUACUUGUGUUCAUUGUUAAGCUACUGAUGGCAUGCUGCUUUCCUCAUGCAGUACAGAGGACAUUUACAUGGAGCAAAUUAAUCUUUCAUUCCUUAUAUAUAUAUUAAUUCAAUAAUAAGCACUACCACUUUUUACUCAAUAGGUCUCUAAUACUAACACUGCAUUUAGGUGCAAAAAUUUGCAAUAAACCAUAACAUCAAGUCAGACAAUGGCUUUCACCAUCUAACUUGCACCAGACAGAUAAAAGCUAUUUGCUGAUUGGUUGAUGUAGGUCAGUACAGUUUUGCACUAAAAUGUACUGUUAGUAAAUCUAAGCCCUGUUGAUGGGUAAGAGGUGACAUAAUUAUGAAAGUUUAUAUAAAAGUUUACAAGGCAUUUUUUGUUAACGCUGCAUGUUUUAUCCUAAUCUUACAUACAAUAUAUUUGGUAAAUCAUCCAUGUAUUUCUGUGUCCUGUUACAUGGUCUUACAGAAGGUGCACAUAAGCACUGCAGUUUAGACCUUACUGAAUACAUACUGCCAUAUGUAUGGGCUCAAAAUGGUUGCUUAUCGUGAUCAGGAACGAUUGAGACUGGUGGAAUAUGUGGUCAGACUAUGGCUGCUACUGCAGCAUUAAUGUGCUAUAUAAGCCCAAUGUAAUGCCUAUCUUUAUAUGAAUUGGCCUCAUACACAUGUGGCAGAUUUGGGCAGAUUUGGUGAAAUAAAAGUUGUGCCCUUGUAUGAGCAGUUUUAAUUUGGGUUUCAAAUUUGUGAGUGAGACCUCUGGUUAUUGAAUCGUACUAAUGCCACACACAUUGCACACUGAGGGGGAGAUUAAAUAAAGCUUGAGGUUCUGAUGGCACUGCUGUCACUCAUUUUUCUGCUCUUCAGUUUAUUAAACUGUAAGAGCUUAUAUUGGCUGUGUAUUCUUGCUACAACACAACACGGAUAAAAAAGUGCUCCAAGGAUUUUAUGCAUUUCAUUUUAAAAACAGAAAAAGUGAAAGUCAAGAGAAAUAACACAUAAUGGAAUGAGCCUGGUGGAUCUUUGGGUGCAUUUUUCUUUAAAAUGAUAAUGAAAGGAAGUGGAACAUAUACGAGAGCACAGUCGCACCUGUCUGUAACUGAGCUGUUCAAACUAAACUGCUCAUAAGCAUUGUCAGCCCCAGAAAUGGGGCAUAUCCUCAUAGGAAUAUAAACAUCAAUGCUCUUUUAUUGUAUUCUCUCACAUUUCUUGAAAACAAGACCCUGUCUAUGGAGUCAGAGCUGAAGUAAGAAGAAGAAAUAAAGAAAGACAGUGACAGAAAAAAGAAAGGAGGUAAAAGGAAAAAAAUGUUAGAGAUCAUUAAAGUGCACUUAAAUGGUCAUAGGCCCUCAUUCCGAGUUGUUCGCUCGCUAGCUGCUUUUAGCAGCAUUGCACACGCUAGGCCGCCGCCCUCUGGGAGUGUAUCUUAGCUUAGCAGAAUAGCGAACGAAAGAUUAGCAGAACUGCUACUAAGUAAUUCUUUGCAGUUUCUGAGUAGCUCCAGACCUACUCACAGAUUGCGAUCAGCUCAGUCCGUUUAGUUCCUGGUUUGACGUCACAAACACACCCUGCGUUCGGCCAGCCACUCCCCCGUUUCUCCAGACACUCCCACGUUUUUCCUUGACAUGACUGCGUUUUUUAGCACACUCCCAGAAAACGCUCAGUUACCACCCAGAAAUGGCCCUUUCCUGUCAAUCAUUCUCCGAUCAGCAGUGCGACUGAAAAGCGCCGCAGGAUCCACAGCAAAACUGCUAAGUUUUUAGUUAAAUAACUAAGCGCAUGCGCAAUUAGCAACAAAACGCAGCAUAGCAAAAAUCGGCAACGAGCGAACAACUCGGAAUGACCCCCAUAGUUGGAAUUAACGUUAAAUAGGCCAGACAAUAUAACAAUAUAACAGUAACAUUGGUAAAAAAAAAUUGGUUAUGCAUUAACAUCAAGUGAUUUAAUUAAUGUUGUAUACCAUUUCCCCAUUGUUGACCUUAUAGCUAGGGAUAAAAUUUGGUUAACACUCAGCACAGAUAACAUUGCCCUGGAAAAAUCACUUCCAUUUGCCACACUAUACAGAAAUAUUGACCUGGGACAUAUAGUAAAAGCUCAAUACAGUAUAACAGCAUCAAGAGCAUUAGAUUUAUAAAUGCAGUACCGCCAAGGCGAAGCCAAGAUUUGGUUUUGCAAAAGGCAUUUAUUCUGCUUAGUACAUUUCAAAUGUAUGCCUACUUUCCUGUCUUUGCCAAAGCCGGAUUAAAACCUGUUACCCUAGUUCCACCCAAUUCUUCCCAUCAGCCACAUGGCAUCAUGUUCCACAACCUAAAACACUUUGGCAAAACUUUGGUACACCAGUGGAAAUGAGGUACAUGCAAUUUUGGUCUUCAGAAAUCAUUUUAAUCAGUAAAUUUAGGAUAAGGUUGGCUAACGGACAUCAAAAAGCUAUCCACUAUAUACACAGUAAAAGUUUAUUAAUGAACAAAAAAUAGUCACUUGCACUCUCAUUGUAGAUAUUUUAAUGUAUCAGCACACACCCCCAACAUUAAUUUCCUAAAGCAAGUACACCAGGAGCACUCUUGGGGGAGGUGGGGUUAUCCAGUUGCCCAGAAACCACCAUAGUAACUGAAAACUAAUGUAUACUGUAGCUUCUCUGUCAUACAGAAGCUGCAUGCUCUGUAUUGGUCUGAGAGCAGAAGGGGAGGGGUGAAAAAGUCAGGAAUCAGUAGAACAAACCAAAUGUGACCUUAGUGUCUCCCCAAUGUCAUGAAGAGGCUCUGGGAGAAGGGAUAUAUGAAGAUGCCAGAUCCACAGUGGAGCGAGUGUGAGUACUGUCAGUGUUUCUGUCUUAACAGUAUGUCUGCCCUGCGAGCCUGUCCCAAAGACCUGUCAUUGUGACUGUAUGGCCUGUGAGUCUGUCAUAAAGUACUUUCAGUGUGUGCCUGUCCCAUGAGCCUGUCUCACAACACUGUCAGUGUGUCCAACCUCUAAGUUUGUCUUCCAUUAAUGUCAGUGUGUCAGUCUGUCCUGUGAGCAUGAGUGCCACUACUGUGUGUCCAUUUUUUUUAGUUUGUCUCACUUCACUCUCAGUGUGUCCAUUUUUUUGUAAGCCUGUCUCCUAGUACUUUUAGUGUCUGUCAAUCCUGUGAGCCUGUCUCCCAGCACUGACAGUGCUGGGGGUUGGGUAGGUUUAGGCUGCAGGGGGGAGGGUUAUGGUUAGGUUGUAGGCUGCAGGAAAGGGACGGUUAGGUUUAGG